AUGCUCGUUGCGCUGGCUGCUGUCACAUGUGAAGUAUACGGCAGUUUAAUCGGUUUCGAAGCCAACUUGGGGCAAACAGUUGUUUGGGAUUUCGGUGAUUCGGUGCGGAAAAUAGCUGUGUAUCGUGGCUUCAAUCAAGAAGCAAUCAUCCAGGAUGCAGAAGUCACUUCAUAUGGGGUUAAUUUUUUAAACUUUUCAUGA